AUGGUUACCAUGAAAAUUUGGCUCUUUAGCGAUUUUGACCACCCAUACUUUUAUUUGGAUCUUGACCCAAAUUUCUUCCAUAAUCCAAGCUCGGAUCCAGUCUCUAUUUCUCCCUUCCCCCCUUCUGCUAUCAACGAAAUCCAAACCCUAAUAACUUCUCGGAUCCUCCGAUCGGACCCGCCUGUGAAGCCAAGCUUUUUUUUCUCUGCUACUAAAUCUGGAGUUGGACUCAUCUUAAACCUUUUUCGAUGGAGUUGGCUAAUGAAACAGUUACCAAGAGACCGAAGAGGUUGACUUCUGUAGUAUGGAAUCACUUUGAAAGGGUUCGGAAAGCUGACAUAUGUUAUGCACUGUGUCCAUUGUAACAAGAAAUUAAGUGGAUCGAGCAACAGCGGAACCACCUAUCUGAGAAAUCACCUAAUGCAGUGCUUGAAAAGGUUUAACUAUGAUGUUUCCCAACAGCUUUCUGCAAAGAAAAGGAAGAAAGAUAACACCCUUACCAAUGCAAAUACCAGUUAUGAUAAAGGGAAAAGAAAAGAGGAUUUUAUUAAGCCCGCUAUUGUCAAGUAUGAACCGGAUCAGAGAAAGGAAGAAGUUUUCAAUCUUCAAAGCAGUUGGUUCGACCAAGAGAGGAGUCGCCUAGAUCUUGCUCGCAUGAUUAUAUUACAUGGCUACCCCUUAGCCAUGGUUGAGCAUGUUGGAUUCAAGGUAUUUGUCAAGAAUCUACAGCCAAUGUUUGAUGUUGCACCAAAUAAUACCAUUGAGGUUUAUUGUAUGGAAAUUUACGGGAAGGAGAGGCAGAAAGUUCAUGAUAUGUUAAGCAAAUUGCAAGGCAGAAUUAACCUUGCAGUUGAGAUGUGAUCUUCACCAGAGAACUCUAACCAUGCAUGCAUGAUGGCGCAUUAUGUUGGUGAUGAUUUGAAACUACAAAAGAAGAUUCUUAAUUUUGUCACACUCGAUUCUUCCCAUAUUAAUGACAAGCUUUCCGAAGUAAUUGUCAAGUGUGUGAUGGAUUGGGACAUAGAGUCUAAGUUGUUUGCAAUGACAUUUGAUGAUUUUUCUACUACUGAUGAUACUGUUCUGAGAAUAAAAGAGCAAAUCUCUGAGAGCAACUUUUUUCUAAGCAAUGGUCAAUUAUUAGAUGUGCGGUCAGCUGCACAUGUUCUUGAUUCACUUGUUCAAGAUGCCAUGGAAGCUCUCCGAGUGAUGAUCCAAAAUAUUCGAGUAAGUGUUCGAUAUGUUAAAAGUUCACAAUAAAUUCAAGGGAAGUUCCAGGAGAUAGCUCAGGAAACUGGAAUUAAAUGCCAGAAAAGCUUGGUUCUUGAUUUUCCAUCCAAUGGAAUUCAACAUAUCUAAUGCUUGAGACUGCUAUAGAGUACAGGAAUGCUUUCUGUCAGUUCCCGGAUCUGGAUCAUGACCAUGCGUUAAGUGAUGACGAGUGGGAACGGGCAAGUUCCAUCACUGGCUACUUAAAACUAUUUAUUGAAAUCAUUAGCGUCUUCUCCAGCAACAAAUGUCCCACUGCAAAUAUAUAUUUUCCGGAAAUGUCAUGUUCACAUCCAAUUGAUUGACUGGUGCAAGAGCCCCGACAAUUUUCUUAGUUCAUUAGCAGUAAAGAUGAAAGCUAAGUUCGAUAAAUAUUGGAACAAGUGCAGUUUGUCUUUGGCAGUAGCAGCUAUCUUAGAUCCCUGAUUCAAGAUGAAAUUGGAGUAUUAUUAUUCCCAGAUUUGUGGCAGCACUACAUUGGAACGUAUCAAAGAAGUAUCUGACGGUCUCAAGGAGCUCUUCAAUACAUACUUUAUCUGCUCAACUUUGAUUGAUCAAGAUUCAGCUUUGCCGCCCAGUAGCUUACCUGGCGGUAGCAAUGAUGGAAGAGAUAGACUAAAGGGCUUUGACAAAUUCCUUCACGAGACAUCUCAAAGUCUGUCAGAUUUGGAAAAAUAUUUAGAUGAGCUAGUCUUUCCUUGUAACUGUGAUUUCAAUAUACUGAAUUGGUGGAGAGUUCACACAAUGAGGUAUCCUAUCUUGUCAAUGAUGGCACGAGAUGUUCUUGGAACUCCUAUGUCAACCGUCUCACAGGAGUCAGCAUUCAAUGCUGGAGGUAGGAUGCUCGAUAGCUCUCGAAGUUCACUGACUCCCGAUAAACGACAGGCUUUGAUACACACACAAGAUUGGUUGCUGAUACAAUCAGACGGUGCGUACAUUAUCGUUCUUCUCUUUACACAAUCAUUUCUAAUUCCUUACAUAUAUCUCUUAACAAUAUGGUAUUUUCAUAAAUGCAAUAGGCCCGAGUCCAUCUUCAAGCCAUUAUGCUCUACCCGUUUUUGUCGAAACAAGUUGAUUUGUCCCCGGUACAACAUAGACCUUGGUCUCAAAUAAAAAAUCCUGGAUAAGGUGUUAUCUACAUGGAAUGCGAAUUUGCUGAAGGUAUUUCAGUGUGGGUUUGCAAUUAUAUGUCUUCAUCUCGAAGGUUUUAAAUGACAUGUAACAACUGAACGCUUAAAGCAAUGACUUGAUUGAUUGUUGAUAUGGUUAUUUGAUUUCGGGUUAGAGUUGAAG